CUUGCAUAUUACCCUAUUUUAUCAAGGCAACAACAUUAUGCAUAAAAUAUAUGACCACCUAAAUUGAGUGUAAAACCAUCAGAAUAUUUUGAAAAAUAGAAAAAAAAUCUGCAAAAGUACAGAAGCAAUGUUUGGAAUCUGCAUAAAAAGUGCAAAGAGAAGUAAUGAAAUUAGCACUCCUUUGGCAACUAACACACAAAUUGUACUUCUUUUGUUUUAUUUUGGCUGCUAUGCUAUCAGCAUGUGUCCAUUCUUUUAUCAAGAUUGCAUUCUCUUAUGGUACUAUAUAAUUGAUGAAUAUUCAAUCUAAGAAACUUAGAGGUUACAUAUUUUAGGAGCUGUUAGCACAAAAUCUUCAUUUUUAGCUAAAUUUACGAAAUAGUACCAUUUUCGUUUAAGGACAAAAAUCUACCACAUUUUUGAAGUUCUGCAAAAAUUAUUAAAAGUGAAGUAAACACGAAUUGACACUGAAACUUUAGAUGGGACCACCUGUAAGGGUGUCCCUCUCCUUCGGUCCUCCACCAUUUUGACAGAAGCUUGACGCGAUGGCACCAGUAGCAAGGUAGUAGGAAAAGUCAAGCCGCCUUGGAUGUUUUCUCUCAGUCUAUUGCCGUGAUACAACUUCCUCGUACAGUGAGGGAUGGAAUCACCACUGGGCAUGGCGGCUCUAGGCUUAUCUUUGAUACCACCAUGGAGCUUUCUCUACGCUCUCGCUCUCGGGGCCCUGGCUUCUCUGUCUCUGUGGUGCGCAUGGCGCGUGCUAGCCGGUGCUUGGCUCGGCCCGCAGAGGACGGCCCGGGGCCUGCGGUCCCAGGGCCUCCGCGGCACGACGUACCGCUUCCCCUCCGGCGACAUGAAGGAGUAUGUGCGGCUCAUCGUGGCGGCGUGCUCGGAGCCUAUGCCGCUGUCGUCACACGCCGUCACCGCCCGAGUGGUGCCGUUCGACCACGGCGUCGUCAGGGAACAUGGUAAGGUUGCUGUGACUUGGUUUGGUCCAGAGCCAAGGGUGGUCGUGACCGACCCUAAACUGUUCCGAGAGAUCCUGGCGAACAAGCACGGGCAGUUUGGGAAGCAGAAGUCCAUUCUUAGGAUCGAGAGACUGUUGGCCAACGGGCUGACCACCCACCAAGGAGAGAAGUGGGUCACCCACCGGAGGAUCAUCAACCACGCGUUCCAUCUCGAGAAGCUCAAGAGGAUGUUGCCGGCUUUUGCUGCCUGCUCCGGUGAACUCGUGAGUAGAUGGGAAAACUCUGUGGGGUCGAGUGAUGCGCAGGAGAUUGAUGUCUGGCCAGAGUUCCAGAAUCUCACGGGUGACGCCAUCUCUCGAGUGGCGUUCGGGAGCAGCUUUGGCGAAGGGAGAAAGAUCUUCCAGUUGCAAUCGGAGCAGGCACAAAAUGCUGUCAAGAUGGCAAACGUGAUGUAUAUCCCAGGUUACAGGUUCCUACCAACGAAACUAGAUAGGAGGAUAAAGGCAAACGCCCGUGAGGUUGAAACGCUUCUGAAGGGCAUAAUCACGAAGAGGGAGAGGGCGAUGAGGGACGACCAUGCCGACAACGACGAUCUACUAGGCGUGAUGAUGGAGUCCAUCAUUAAAGAAACCCAAGAAGCUGGAAGCUCCAAGCCGAUAAUGACCACCGACGACAUAGUCGGGGAACUGAAGCUCUUCUAUUUUGCAGGCAUGGAGACAACCGCGGUGCUGCUCACAUGGGCGAUGGUCGUGCUAAGCAUGCAUCCCGAGUGGCAGGACCGUGCGAGGGAGGAGGUUCUGCGCGUCUUUGGAAAGAACCAGCCGGAUUCUGAGGGCAUAAAUCGGCUGAAAGUCGUGACAAUGAUACUACAUGAGGUUCUCAGGCUCUACCCACCGAUUCUACAGCUUAGCCGGGAGGCGUACGAGGAGACGGAGCUGGGAGGGGUCACGUAUCCACCGGGCGUAACAUUUGCGCUGCCCAUUGUGUCCGUUCACCAUGAUCCAGAUGUGUGGGGAGAAGACGUCGACGAAUUCAAGCCGGAGAGAUUCGCGGAGGGUGUCGCCGCCGCGUCCAAGGACUCGCCGGCGUUCUUCCCGUUCGGCUGGGGUCCGCGGAUCUGUGUCGGGCAGAACUUUGCGUUACUGGAGGCCAAGAUGGGACUGAGCAUGAUCCUGCAGCUCUUCUUGUUCGAGCUCUCGCCGACUUACGCGCAUGCGCCGUGCCCGGUCUCUACUCUGCAGCCCCAGCACGGGGCGCAGAUUAAGUUCACGAAACUCUGAACACCUUAUUAUAACAUCCAUAGACGGAUGGAGUAGCAGCUAGCAGGGAUUAUGUAUAUAGUGGUUUUCUUAGAGAAUAUUGGAAAUGUUAAAGCGGAAAUCCAC